AUGGCCGACAAUGAUUUUUCUGAUGAUCAAAUUCAGCAAUUGUUGCGGGAUGCUGAGGAGCGGAUGAGAAAUGCAAAGCAAGUCAUCAUAAGUGAUGAUAGCUCUUCCAAGUUUUCUCUUCCAAACCUUGGUAAAUCCGCGACAUCUGCAAUUGCUCCAUAUAUCAAGUCGACAGGACAGAGUGCACACGUUGACUCUUCUCAGCUCGUACCUGCUAAGGAUAGAAAACUGGCCAAUGGCGUGCGAACGGUGGAAGACCCUAUCGUGACCAAGGCUAAGGCGCUUAAGGCAAAGAAAUCUACUGCGGGAGCAAAAUGGUUCAACAUGCCCAAGACUGUGGUCACUCCUGAGCUCAAGCGCGACCUUCAACUUCUUCGUCUCCGAAGUGUAUUAGACCCCAAGCGUUUUUACAAAAAGGACACAACAAGAGCAGAAAUUCCGGAGUACUCUCAAGUGGGUACAGUGAUUGAAGGUCCUACCGAAUACUUUUCUUCCCGACUCACCAACAAAGAACGCAAACAAACCUUUGUGGAACAAGUUCUUGCUACCGAAAAAGCAAACCACAAGUUCCGUAACAAGUAUAAUGAUAUCCAAGCUGCGAAGGCUAGUGGGAAGAAAGAGCAUUACAAGAAGAUGAAGGCUUUGAGAAAGAGAAGAUGA